GGACGAGCUGAUAAAACUUCAGCAAGAGGUGAAGAUGGGCUCUUUGAGUAUAGAUGAUGCUCUGGAUCGAUUCAACGACUGGCAGAGGCUUCAGAAGGGAAUGGAUAGCAUCCAACAGGAGAAAAUACAGCAGCUGAGGGCUAGUAUCAUCAGCAACAGAGAGGAUGAUGAAAGUGUCUAUGAUAAAAUCAGCAUCAUUCAUCACACACCAACUGCAUCUGCAAAUGAGUGUCAAAGAGCGAGUCAGCAAGCGGACACUGAGUUCUACAGUAAACCUAUAAAAGGACAUAAUUCAAAUUUCUUCAGGAAAGCAGACAAACAGUAAGAGAAGUCAUCCUGAUUGUGGAAGCACUGAUCUGUCAAAGAAAUGCACUAAACAGGAACUGAUACAAUAUAGUGCACAUUAAUAUCAACA